AAAAAAAAAAGGUAAAGAGGGAUCGUCCCCCUUUACCAGAAAUUUACCCAACUCCUUGAUCUCCACGUUUAUUGAUUAAAUAUUUAUUUUACAUGGUCAUUUACAAAAUGUUACUACUUUUAUGCAUUUCUGACAAAUAAAUCAAACAUAUAUAAAUACCCCAAGCUAUGAACAAUCAAAAAAAAAUAUUUCCAAAUCAUUCACAUCUUUUCUUUUACCUCAACCACUACAAUGAAGCUUUCCACUAUCACAUCCACAAUCCUCGGUGCUGCUCUCAUGUUUGCCUCCAAGGCAGUAGCUGAUGUUGACUUCUUUGACUAUCCUGCACCCAAUGCCGUAUUCCGUACUGGCAAGACAGUUCAAUUUGUUGUGGAUGACAUGCCCAGUGAUGGUGAUGACCGUGUCUAUGCUGAUUUGUUUACAUCUGACGGAAGAUUCAUCAAGACCAUUCGUCGUUGGGAGGGAGAUCACCAUAACGACAACUUUGCUUUCAGCUGGACCAUUGACCGUAGUAUCAAGAGUGGUCGUUACUUUAUUGAGUUAUACUCGGAAGAUGAUGGUGAUGAUGAUGAUGUUAGCAGAAGUUUCAUCUUUGAAGUUGAGGCUGCUCAACCCAAUAAGCCCAUGGGUGGUCGUAAGCCUCCUGUUCGUGGUGGUGGAAAGAGAUUUUAAAUCAUUCUGCAAAUCAUUUUAUUAUUUUAUCUUCAUAAUCCCUCAUAUCUC